GGCUCUCUCGGAGGACUCGCACCUUUUAUUGGUUGUAAACCAGACCGUUGUAUAACAGCGUACACAUUCGGACACAUUGUCUGAAAUUGCGCAAAUCGAGUUAAUGGAGGCGGUUUUGGAUCUAACGCCGUUACCCGGGGCACAACAAGCAGUGUAGCUCACGUCGAGGGAGGAGGGAGGGAGACGUGGUGUUACCCACCAUCUCACUCUCCAGGAAAAAAGGAAAAAAAGAUCUUCUGAACGAUAUUUCCCAAGAAAGACGGACGCCAUCGGCAAGGAGGUCAGUCGCUUUCUGCGUGUACCGACAAAGAAAGCAGACACGUAGCUGCCGUCUUUGGGAGCGACGACUGAACCACCGACCGUGUAGACGAGAAGCCACGGAGGGAUUUGGUGGUAAAGCACGCGUGAGCAGCACGGAGCAUUGAUCUGACAGACAGGAUUGAUGUCUUUCAAUAUGUAAGAUGACAGCAGAAGUUUAACUCCAGGCUUCGAUGCAGAUGUAACACGUCAUCCUGGAUCGUCCUCAUCCAUGUGAGUCCAAGACAAGGAUUGGGCAAAAUAAGGUAUCGCUUCCAAUCCUGGCAGAGAAUGGCUAAUGGGUGGGAUGCAUACUUCCAUAACCUUCCCCCGCUAUCAUCAGAACCAAGCACAUUGACAAGUACAUCAGAGUCACAUGGAAGUCUUCCCCUCCAUAUAGAGAACUUCAUUGGACAUCAUGACUUUCCCAGCACAGACGCUUCACAUGAAGCUUCUGCAGCCAACUCAAAUUUCAACGCAAACUAUUACUCAAAUCCCAGUAUGGAAAAUCCCAGUUCAGACUGCCUUUACCCAAGAUACGGCAACGAAACCCCAUGGCAAGCUGACGGAGAACAAAUUGGAAAAGAUCACUUGCCAAGAUGCGGAAGUAAUGAAACCACAGAUUUUACCACGGAUGGAUUAUCAACAUUGGGAUCUUUUCCUUCAUCUUUUGCCACAGAUUUACAAGAACUUAAGCAAGACUGUGGAAUGUUAGCUACUUCAUUUCUUGAGGACUACUCGGAUGUCAGUAGCUGCUCCGAUGCAGAUAUGGGUGAAACGAGGCCCUCUUGUCAAUUUAUGGGAGGCAAAUCUGUUCCAAAAUCUAAAACUGAUGUUCCUACAAAACCCAGCUCGUCAGAAUGGCUUUUCACUGAUAGUGGAAAUAUGAUGGUUCCGACAGAGAGUUGUCCUAAUAUGUCAGAGACUAAUGUAGCUUUGCCAAGUACUUCAAAUGUGAUGGCAGGAGAAAACCUAGUUAAAGACCUGAUUGAAUGUCCAGCUAAAACUGUCAAAUCUGACAGAGGACACAAUCAGGCCGUAACUACUUCAAACAGGGUGAAAACUACAGGGAGCGAGACUGUUAAGGAGAGAGAUGAGCAUGGUGGCUGUACAGAUCAGAAACAAAAGGAGGGUGUGGAGAAAGAUCUCAAUCAAGGAAAUAAUUCACACAUCUCAAUAAGUGGCAAUAAAAAGUUGAUUGAUGAUGGAUUACAGUACCCGGACGGUAAUAAAGAAAAAACGCAGAUUGCUGUAGCUGUGCCAAAUAUCAUGACUACAUUGAACAAUGUCCAAGAUCUUUCAGACAAAGAAGUCCUAAGAAAAGAAAUUGAGGAAUCAUUCAACCAAAAGAAUGGUAAUCCUAACGCCACAAAAGAUCAAGAUGGUAAAAUGCGAGAAGACAAGCGUGAUGGAAGUGAAGUCCUAAAAAUCGAAAGGGAAUUAAGUUCAUUGAGAAAAGAGACUGUUGAUGAGCAGACAUCCCCAAACGCCAACUCCAAUGAUGGUCGAAAUGAAAUGAUGGAGACCAACAGUCAGAAGAAAGAAAUUCAGUCAUAUACUGAUCAACAGUGUAUCAAGUUGUCUGAUUCCACAGAUGCCACUCAUGAACUGGGAGAAUGCACAAGUACCUUGAAAAGUAACAAUCGGGAUGUUGAAUCCUGUUUGCAUUUACCUGGGCACCAGUUUUACAAAUGUUUGGCGAAGAACAACAUUUUACGCCCUGCUGUGACGAGUGAUGGUCAUUUAAGCAAUGCCAGUGAUAAGAAUGAGGAAUGUGUAGGAAGUCAUUUAGAUACCUGCUUACAGCCAAACCUCUCCAGCACAAAUGUAAAUCGCUGUCUAGAAAAAGAACAGACCAGUACAGCAAAGAAUAUAAAUACCAAUUCUCCAGAUGUUGGUGACCCUGUUGACACUAUUCUUCCUAUUGAUACAAGUGACAAGAAAAAGCAAGGAGUUGCUAAUAAUGUAGAAUCCUGCUUGCAGCCAAACCGCUCGAACUCAGAUGCACAUCCCAGUUUAGAAAUGGAAUGGACAAGUACUCCAGAAAAGAGAACAACAACCUCCUCGGCACCAGAUUGCAGUGACACCGCUCUGUCUGGUGACAGUAAAGAGAAACAGGUUUCUAAUGGUUUACAAUCGUGUUCACAGCCAAACACCUUAAGCACAGGAAUAACUACCUGUGGAGAAAAGGAAUGGACAAGUCCAGCAGAGAAUACAAAUGUUACCUCUUGUCCAGAUCAGCAACAGCCACAACACCAAAGUCCAGUGGCACUAGAACAAGGAAGUCUGAAUGGAGAUGUUACUGAACAUGCAGCAGAGUCGUUUAAAGAGUUGGACACAUUUGCAGAGGAGCCGUCCUUGUCUGGCGACUUCUAUGGUGAACCACUGUCAAGAGAGGAUUCUUCAUCUGAUGCUGAUGAAAUACAACUUGACAAAAGUCCAUAUAAAGACACUUCUGUGGCUAAACCUGAUGGUAACAGCAUGAACUCUUCAGAAGAUCAAGCACCUCAACUCAAAUCCGCUACACAAAUGAGAAAACGCCUGCAACCUGUUGUAAUAUUGAAGACACCAGAGUUAGUAAAUGGAGCGAGUAACUCUUAUCAUUGCGCCGAUUGCCAACAUACAACUCACAAUGUCGAUCAUCUAAUUGAACACCACCAUUGUUGCCAUUCAAUGCAACACUUCCAGUUUUGCAUGACUUGUAAUGUCUACCUAACGACGGAUGAACAAUCACAGAAACAUGUGUGUUGUGUGACCAAAGGUGGCCCUCGACUCUCUUCUGACUCCAGCCCACCGAGGAAAAGAAAACGCCGUGGCAAGCACAGGUGCGUUAAAUGCAGACUCGUAUUUGCAAAAAUAACUCAAUAUGUCAGGCAUAUACGAUCUCACACUGGCACGACACCCUAUAAGUGCAAUCUCUGUGGAUGCUACUUUGCACAGUCUAGUAGCAUUCGAAGACACAGGCAGGUACCUGGCAGAUGCAAGGGAUUAAAACGUGAAGUUAGAAAUUCUGAUGCUAAUUCUAAGAUCAAGGAAAAUGAAACGCCACUUAAAAAGGAGUCUGUACGGAACAAACCAUAUCAAAAUCUACCUGAAUGUUAUGUAAAGCUUGUCAACAUUUUUAAAAUUCAUCCUUGUAGUUUAUGUGGUAAAAACUUCCCAACUUUGGACAAGGUCAAAAAGCACUUCUACAACGUACACAAGGGGAAAGAUCUGGCAGUUGCAUCUAGUCAGUGUCCCACAAAACACAGUGGUGAGAAAACCGCAAAAGUGGAGAGUGAGACGAGAGGAAAAUAUAAAUGUCCUCUCUGUCCCCGGCUUUUCAAGUACUCCUACAACAGAGCUCGCCAUUUGCGUGACUGUGUACGAAACUCCAUAAGUAGUGGGAAGGAAACAGUUUCCGGUAAAUAUCGUUGUCCCUUGUGCCAUCUUACCUUCACCCUAUCAAGCAACCGACAUAGACAUAUCAGAGCGAUUUGCCUCAGAGAAUGUGUAAAUCGACUUGCUAAGGAGAUGAUAACAUCAAAGGAACAGGUUGAACCGAAAAAAACGAAGGAAAAAAAUAAGGAAAUUGAACCGAUAAAACAGCCUACGGAAAUGGAAGAGGGAGAAAAAAAAACCGGAGCUUCAACAGACCUCAAGAAUGUACCACGUUACAGAUGCAGUCUUUGUCCAGCCGCUUUUUAUCACGCUUCCGGAAAGCACAGACAUAUGAAGAAACAUGAGGCAUUUAAAGUCACUGGUAAAAUGUUCAAGUACAGGAAUUCAGUUCUCUCCACCUUGUCUAAACCAGAGACUAUAUGUAGUGGAGACACUAAAGAGAAAAAGGACGACUCCAAAUCAACUGAGACAACUGGCAAUCCUGACAUGAGCUGUAAGUUUUGUGGAAAAUGUUUUACCCUACGACAGUCUUUGAAGAGACAUGUUCGCAUUCACGUAGGCGAAAAACCAUACCUCUGUGUGGAAUGUGGCAAAAGAUUCAAAAAACGUAAUCAUCUGAUUGGUCAUAAAAUUGUUCACCAGAGGAGGAUACAGUGCACUGUCUGCAGAAAGAUUCUUCCAACUAUUGGUGAUCUGAUCCAGCAUCGAAGCUCCCAUCAUAAAAGGGGCAUGCUUGGAUGCCCAGACUGUCAUCUACAGUUCCAGUAUCCGGCACAUCUCCUUAGGCACUUAGACGCCCACAAAAAAAGAGAAGAGAGGAAAAAUCGGCUUGGAAAAAGACCAUCGUUAAAAUCAGAGGAGUCCUCUGUGGAAUCUGUCAAAGAUCAGAGUGGGCCAAAGCAGCUACAGUGCUCUCUAUGCAAAAGAGAAUUCAACGACGCCCGAGUGCUAAGAAGGCAUUGUCUUACACACAUAUCUGUGUCCUCGUCAAACCAGUGUCCGUUUUGCAAAGAUGAUUUCCCUAAUCGUCGCCAUUUGCUGCGCCACAUGGUCCAACAUACUGGAGACAAGCCCCAUGCCUGCACUAACUGUGGAAAAAUGUUCUACCGUAAAUUGUAUCUUAAACUUCACUUGGAGAAGUGUUUGCCUGCUCGAACCAGACAUCUGGUCCCAAUUGAGUCUGACGCUAAGGUGGGGCCACAUGUGUGUUUCUACUGUCCACGGGCAUUUUUUAAGAAGAAUCGUCUGAAAAAUCAUCACCGUGGCCACAAGACAAACAAUCUGCUUGAAUGCUCAAGAUGUGGUCAUUACUUUGGAAUGACAAAAUUAACUCACCAUCAAAAGAACUGCCCAGAAACUCCAGAGCUCAAUAACGGCGUAUCUGUUAACGGCGAUGUCUGUAAUAGCAAUUCACAGACGAGCCCAGCUGUCUGCAUAGUGCCUCCAAAGUCCAAUGCAACCAAGCUGCUUCUCCUUAAAUGCACUCACUGUAAAAAGAGGUUCAGGUACAAAUCGUUACUUCUGAGACAUCUUGUGUCACACACUGGUGUGAAACCCUAUGCAUGUAUGCACUGUAGACAGAGAUAUGGAAGUCGGACGAUGUGUUUGCAGCAUGAAGCUUUCUGUGAUGGCCGUAACAAGGAGGGACCGUUGAAAGUCAAAGAUACUGCUGCAACUCAAUUGUCGAAGACGCCGACUCUCAGUGAGGCGGCACAAACGCCUAAAGCAGAAGGUGAAGAGUUAAAAUGCAAAUUCUGCACCAAGACUUUCAUGAAAUCACGAAGCCUGAGACGUCACAUUUUGACACACAAUGACGUGAAACCAUACCGCUGUAAAGUCUGUGACAGCUGCUUUUCAAGGUAUGAUCAUCUGAAAGGACAUCAGACUCGCUGUAAAGGGAAAAAAACACGAUUGGAGGUCUGUAUUCCCAAAGUCAGUUUAGAUGAUGUUGGCAUGGGUUGGAAAAAUAGGAUCGGUAGUCUGUCAGCUGCUGAAAACCAGGAGACCAUUGAGUGCAAAGUCUGUGCAAGAAGCUUCUCCACUCAUUCUAAACUUUCCCGACAUGUCACUAUGUUCCACAUGACAAAAUUAUUCAGGUGCACACCCUGUGGCUCAUCAUUCACUCAUGAAAGAUCUCUGAUAAAGCACAAGAAGAUGAGGAUUUGCCGAUCUCGCUCCAGUGACAAAAAUGCUUUACUGCCACUGGAGGCUAAUCCACCAACAAAAAAUGUGACAAACCCGCUUAAAGUGAUGAGGAAUAAAAUAAUACAGCGUAUCCAGCCUUAUUUGAACAAAAAGUACAAAUACAUGUGUAGUUAUUGCCCCCGUGCUUUUCUAAGCACCUGGCAAUUGAGUGUGCACACCCGAUUGCACACAGGAGAGCGGCCAUAUGCCUGUGAUGAUUGUGGUCAGAGAUUCAUAAGAAAGGAUUACGUGAAGCGUCAUUCCGUAAGGUGCACCAAAAAACGAUGCAUUGCAACUCCGAGAUUAUCCAAGUCCGUAGUUUGCCAAAGCCAACAGUCAGCACAUAGAAGCCCACCAAAGGGCUUUUCUUGUGCAUACUGUAGUUCCCGUUUCUUGCUAUUUUCACAGCUUCAAGAGCAUUUCUUAAAUGCACACAAGCUGGAAACAAAGGUUCCACCAACAUCCUCUGCUCCCCUACAACACCAUCUGUCAAGUAUUCCAAACAUCAAAGAAGAGCCCAUGGAGGAGAAUUGUGAUGGCGCUAAAUCGAUCUGUGAAGUAGAUGCAGCUCCUGGCAGUAAGGUCCCCAAUCCAGUGUCCUGCCCAGUGUGCAAUAUGUCCUUCACAAACAAAGCUGGACUAACCGGUCAUAUGCGUGUACACACAAUGGAGCUUCCUUUUAAUUGUAAAAUAUGCAAGAAAGGCUUCUGGAAUAAAAAGCUUCUCCAUAAUCACAACAGGAAAUGUAGAUAUGGGCAGUUUUCAGAGAGGACAACCCAGCAGUUGGAAGUCCCUUUGAAAGCGGAGAUUGAUUUUGUUCCGAAUGACUCUGUUCUUGUCUUCAACGAGGCCUCCGAAUCAAGUUGCACUGGCGUUUUGCAGACCAACUUCUCUUGCAAAGAUGACUUGGUGGACACAUCCACAGAAAAUUCUGAAGGAAAACCGGUGCAGAGCAGCACAAGCAAAGAGAAAGCUGUGCAGUAUCAAUGUUCAGAAUGUGAUCAGAGCUUCACGGAUGGUUUGAUGCUUAUUAGUCACCUUGAAGAACAUGGAAGACAAGAACAAGCGAAAAAGCGCGUCACGUGUAUUGUGUGUGGGCUUGGGUAUUCUAAUCGAGCACAUCUUGCAAGACACAUGAAGGUCCAUGCAACUAAAGAAAAACACUCUUGCCCGGACUGCUCCAUGGUUAUGAAGACCUUAUCUGAUCUUGAAAUCCACCGCACAUGUCAUGACCCAAAUAGGCCUUUUACUUGCAAACUGUGUAGUCAGAAGUUUUGGACAAAUCCAUCUUUAUGUAAUCAUUACCGAGAAAAACAUCCAGAUGAUGUGUAUAAUUGUCGUUUCUGUUACAAGACGUAUUCGGUCAAAAAAUCACUGGCGAGACAUUCCAGAAUGUGCCAUCCGCAAGCGCAGAUGAAGCCUAGGAGAAAUGUAAAGGCAAAGCGCAUCCCUGAAAAACACUCCAGCAGUCGAGUCAGCACAGCUGCUGAACACCAUGAGGAUGGAAAUACCGGCAGUGAGGACAAUGACUCAGACUCUGCACCAUACUUCCCAUGCCACGUGUGUGGAAAGACAUUCCCAACGUCAGAAAGUCUUGAGGACCAUCAGCGGUGUCACCUGGGCGAUAAACCACACGAAUGUGAAAAAUGUGGUCGGUGUUUUUUCCAAGCGUCUCAGUUGCAGCAGCAUCAACGAAUGCACAAGUCUGAAUAUCAGUGUCAGGCCUGCGGUCGGGGUUUUGUCUCAUUCUUUUCCCUACGUACACACAAGCAUACUCAUGGAAAGAACCGUCCCCACCGUUGUCCCAAGUGUGACUUCAGUUUCACAGGGCCCUUGCAGUUGGCAGAGCACAUGUCCAUCCACCGUGAAGAGAACUUCCCAUGCGAUAUAUGCAAUCGUGUGUUUCUCUCCAAGAGUAGUCGAGUUGAGCAUCGGAAAAGCCACUCUAAUUCAAGUGACUGCCCCUCGCCUCCAAUGUCAUGGAAAGGAAACGAGAAGUCUGCUUCCCUCUCUGAAGGCUCAUCAGUAUCCCCUAAAGAACUUAAAUAUCGGUGCGGUGUUUGUGGUGAGCGUUUUCGUGACCUAGAGGAGCUCUCGGAGCACGGAUGCAUAGAAGCCGCUGAGCGGCCAUACUCCUGCUCAGACUGCCAGCAACAUUUUCUGCAUGCAUCUCACCUGAAAAAGCAUCGGACCAGCCAUCACACGUCAUGGUCUAACGGUGGCUUUAAGUGCAGUCAAUGCAACAUCACCCUUUCCACCUCUCAGAGCUUCCUCUCCCACCUGAAGAGCCACGGUGAUACUGCAGCAGAAAUUGGACCCAACACUAAAGGUACAGAUGGAGAUCGAUUCAAGGCUUUAAUGUGUCCAGUUUGCCGUCAGUGUUUUGCCAGUGCCGUUGAGUUGAUUAGUCAUUUCCCCACACAUUCUGAUGGUACCUUUGAGUGCAACAUUUGUAAAAUGACAUUUCCCUCGAAAAGUGCGCUUGAGGAACACGAGCGAAGUCAUGUGACGUCGGCUACGGAAUUUGAAUGCACCGAGUGUGGCCAGCGCUUUUGGGGGAAAGAUGCUUUCAAACAGCACCACUGUUCUCAUCAUAAGCACACAUCAAAAGAGGCGGAAUACUCUAAUGCGUCAGCUAAGGUGGCCGCUCCAACUUAUUAUCAAGCAGCUGGAGAGGAAGAGGAGAUUGACGUGACCGGAGAGGACUUGUACAAUUGCCAAGUUUGCUCAAUGCAGUUCUUCUCAAAGAGCGGUCUUUUGGAGCACCAAAACAUACAGCACCGAAAGGAGAAGCGCUUCAUAUGUGAGCUUUGCGGGGAAAGUUUUGCCAGGAGGCGGUACCUCAAAGAGCACCAGCGAAGGCAUAGUGAAGAAUCCACAGCUCAGGCAGUCGAAAGCCAGUUCACGUGUACCCAGUGCCACACCAAACUCGAUACAGCACAAGAUCUGUCGUUGCAUAUGAGAUUGCACGCUGAAAUAGAAGUUGGAGCGUUUCGCUGUGAUAUGUGCUACAAGUCAUUCAGCCAGUGGUCUCAUCUGAAGCGGCACCAAGAAAGCCAUGUUGGCCAAAUAGUAUAUGAAUGCACAGAAUGUGACAAAGCCUUUGCUUUCCCUCACCUUCUGGAUGAACAUCAACAGACUCAUGCUGGGUCCUCUCAGUAAUGGUUGUUGAAUACCAUCUACCUUUUCUUCCUUUUGAAUAGCUAGCUAUAGUAACUUGAAAUCCCUCCAUGCCUUGCAUCUGACUCUGUACCUUCAUUUGUUCUCACAGUUUAGACCCAAUAGGUAUUUUUUCAUCCUUGUUGUAUACUAACAAAGAUAAUGUCUUUGACUGGGCAUCUCCCUCUGCGGUUAUAUUUAGUGUAUAUAUUUUCUGAUUUGUAGACAGUCAUGAGCCAGAUAGUUUCUUGACGGUGUUUGUAAAUCUAUGACAGACUUGUGUAAAGCCGUUUAACAUUCUAUGUGCUGAAGACAGACAAAGCAGGUUAUGAUAAGAUGUUUAUGAACGUUUCUGGAUAAAGACUGUAAUUGUUAUGGAACAUGAUAAUCGUUCAUGUUUAAAAUAGCCUUUAGUUUUGUUGAUAUUAUGUAUCUUAAACUUCUAACUUGUCGUUUUAAUCAAUUGGCAUUUUCUACGACUUCCUGAACUAUAGACCAUUUUGUAUUUUUCAGUUACAGUUCCUUGUAUUUAUAAUGGCUUGCAUUUUUUUUUUCAAGUAAAUUUAACGAAAAUGUAUUGUAAAUGAGUUAAAAAAUCUGUUCGAAUUGAAUAUUGUUUUCACAAAAUUAACCCUCGAAUGUUGCUUUCUUAAGAAAUUUGAGUUGAUGCAUUCAAUUAAGGAGUAAAGUCAACUAGAAAAUC